AUGUCACAUCGUAUUAUCAUCGAUUUAACAAAGCCCACCCAAGGUGAGCAAGUAGAAGGUAACCGCCUAACCAGAACUCUGACUCCACCUGGUAAUCGGACAAACGACACUAUCACCUCAGACUCAUCGAACAAAGUACCAAUCCCGUACUACGAAACAAUCGAAAAUCUAGCCCGCAAAGAGGAGGGAACCCUGUACCGUUUAAAGGCUAGGCGCGUUCGCCCAAUGGAUUGCGUAGUAUCCUACGAUCCAUACGAAGAUGUAGAAUACUACGAUGACCAUAUAGCAUACAAGGGAUUCCAACUAAUCAAGAGCGAAUCAAACAAAGAAGGAUGGAGAGUACGGAGGAUAUAUUUCGAUCAUCAUGAGAUACGCGGUUUCCUUCGCGGUCAUUAUUUCCUCAAGUUCCAUGAAACUUGGAAAGAUUUGCCAACUCAAGGAAGGUCACACUGUUUUGCGCGUGCAGAAAGCCAUCGUCACGCUGCUAUGACAUUGAAAUCCUUUCAAUUUCACUUGUUCAACAAACGAAGGGAUGAUAGCGGCAAGCUCAUUCCGGAUUACCAACAAUGGUACUCCGAUUCCUGCUCAAUGGUGAUUCAGCCAUGUUACGCCUUGCAGUCCGCAGGUUCGCCAUACGUGGGAGAACCAAGUUGCCCUCCAUACCACAGCCGUGAAACUGUGGAUAUGGCAGUUAUUGACCGUACUUUCGAGUUGUUCGCAACGCAACAUAUCUGCAAUGAUAUAUGCAAAAUCAUCGGCAACGUACAGAUGGGUGAAAAGGGGAGAAAUUCUGAAUCACCAUCUUACUGA